AUGGCAAAUGCACUUGUAUCCCCGCUCUUGGAGCAGAUUACAAGAAUCAUUACCCAGCAGGUACACGAAGAGGUUAAACUAGUGAUGGGGGUGGAGAAAGAAGUCCAUAAGGUUAAUAGCAAUCUCCUUGCAAUCCAAGCUGUUCCUGAAGAUGCUGAGAGAAGACAACUCAAGGAGGAUGCUGUCAAAGAUUGGAUCAACAAGCUUAAAGAAGUGUUUUAUGAUAUUGAUGACGUGCUGGAUGAGUGGAGUAAAGCCAUCCUUAAAAGACAAACAGAUGAGGAAGCUAAAAACGAAAAGGUUUCAAAGAAAAUGGUAUGUUCCUUCUUGCCCUCCCCUUGCUUUUGUUUCCAAAAAGUGAUUCACCGUCAUGAUAUCGCCCGCAAGAUAAAAGAGGUCAGUGAAAGAUUAGAUGUGAUAGCCAAAGAGAGAGCGAUGUAUGGCUUUGAAUUGUACAGGGCCAUUGAAGAAACUGAUCGUUUCAUAAGCAUGAUCCAAAGGGACAAAUCUAUGCAUGGAUAUUAA